CACUUCCAAACCCAUCAUGAAAAAGCAAGAAGAUGUCGUAUUCCGAACGAUAACAGUAUCAAAACCUAUAAAACACACGUAUCCACGCAACAUAAUACGCAACCAGAAGUAUUCAUGGUACAGCUUUCCAUUCAUAGUGCUUCUCAAUCAGUUCAGGCAUUUCUUCAACGUGUAUUUCUUUUUCGUAAGCUUUUCGCAGCUUAUAAAGACGUACCGUGUAGGACCGCUGAUAUCGAACAUAGCACCGUGGUUCUUCGUGCUGUUCCUUACACUUGGCAAAGAAGCUGUUGAUGACAUACAGAGGUAUGUUCGUGACAAGGAGGCAAACUCGGAGGAGUACAAGAAGGUUACGAGGGACGGUAUUAUGGUGGUGCCGUCCUCUACGUUGCAGGUUGGUGAUUUGAUUGUGCUGGAGAAGAAUCAGAGGGUGCCUGCUGACAUGGUAAUUCUGAAAACGCAUGAGGAAGAGGGACAGUGCUUUAUCAGAACCGAUCAGCUGGACGGAGAAACCGACUGGAAGUUAAGAAAUGCUGCGGCGUCAACACAGGCACAGGAUACUGCGCAUUUAUUUAAGAGAUCCAAAGAGAUGACGGGAAUGCCAUCUGUUAUGGGGAGCUUAGAUAAUUUGGAUGAAGGACCGGUCCAAGGAUUAGAUAAAGAGGUGGACCAUGAACUGGAUGACGAGUUUGAUGAAGAGAAAGACCGUGGAUUAGACCAGGGGCUAGAUCAUAGGCCAGGUGAAAGGUUUGAUGAGGGAAAGGAUGAUGGAUUAAACAGGGGAGUCGACCGCGAGGUAGACUAUGUGUCAAAUGAGGGAUCUAAUGAAGGAUUGAACGAGAAUUUAGACAAGAAAGUAGGUCUCGGUUCAGAACAAGGAGCAAAUUAUAAGUCAGAGGGCAGAUCAAAGCAUGGGACAAACCAAAGCUCAGAUAUCAAUCAAGGAACAAAGCGAGAAUUCAACCAAGGAUUGAGUAAUGCUGGAAUGAAUGAAGAAAUGAACGAAGAAGUAAGUAAGGAGAAGAGAAGCUUUGCUGAAAGAGAUGGGAAAACAAGCACUGAUGGAUCGAAUCUAGAAACAAACGUGAAAACUACCCGUAGUAACAAAAACGUGAGCGAAAAAAACAAUAAAAGUAUAAAUACUGAUAGAUCAAGCAUGAACAAGGGAGGAGCUGACGGCUCGUCCGAUGAGAUUCACGAAGUUGAAGUUCAUGAUAUGGAUGUAGCAGGUGGGAGAGAUGAGCAAGACGGAAACGAAAACGGUAGUAAGGAUGAUGACGAUCAGAAACACAAGAAUACCAAUGAAACAGGUGCAAGAAGUGAGCAUCCACGCUCAACAGUCAUAAAAAUUGAACGGAGCAUACGGCGUACUACGUCCAAAAACAUGCUUGUAAAGACGGACACAUCAGAACUGUUCAACAGUGAUAUCGUUAUUUAUGCAGACAAGCCACACAAGGAUAUUUACAAUUUCAUUGGUCGACUGACUGUGAACAGGAAUGGGGGAACGAGUGCUGAGCCGCUCAAUCUCGAUAACGUAAUUUGGAUGAACACUGUGCUUGCAACACAGGGGGUGAUAGGCUGUGUGAUAUACACAGGCAAGGAAACCCGUGCAAUGAUGAACACCGCACAGCCCCGAAACAAGUUCGGCAAGAUCGAGGAAGAGAUUAAUUACUACUCCAUUCUGCUGUGCGUAUCAUCGGUAAUAGCAGCGUGCAUUUUCCUGUUCUUCUCGGGCAUUUCUGCUCGCUUUGAUGUGAACCUUGUGCGGUUCAUCAUCAUUUUCUCUUCUGUCAUUCCGAUCUCUCUCAAGGUCACGAUCGAUGUGGCUCGCAUGUUCUUCUACUCGAACUCAAUUAUGAAGGAUCAGGACAUACCGGGGUGUAUCGUGCGCAACAGCAACAUACCGGAGGAGCUGGGACGUAUCACAUAUCUGCUGAGUGAUAAAACGGGCACGCUCACGCGCAACGAGAUGGAGAUGCGCAAGGUGCACGUGGGCACGAUAUGUUACACAACGGAACUGAAUAACGAGAUAACAGAGAUAAUACGUAAGAAGAUGGGCAGGAAACACAGAAGAGCACGUGAUCUGGGCAGCAAGGUGUUUGAGCUGGUGCGUGCGCUUGCUCUGUGCCACAACGUUACACCUGUGGAGGAGGACGGUAAACGCUCGUAUCAGGCAAGUUCGCCCGACGAGAUCGCGAUCGUGCAGUGGUGCGAAGCCGUGGGUAUGGUGCUCGAGAAGCGUACGAAGGAUAACGUGGAAAUAUGCAUCUUGGGAGACACCGUGAAACGAUACGUGAUACUUCACGUGUUUCCGUUUACAUCCGAUACAAAGCGCAUGGGUGUGCUGCUGCGCGAUGAGGACACUGACGAGGUGUUGUUCGUGCUUAAGGGCGCAGAUACGGUCAUGCGCACGAUCGUGGAAAAGAAUGACUGGUUAGACGAAGAGGUGGACAACAUGGCGCGAGAGGGGCUGCGCACACUCGUGAUUGGUGUGAAACGGCUAAAAGCGGAUGAGUACGAUGCCUUUGAAAGCGCGUUCAGACAGGCAAACCUUGCAAUCAAUAACCGUAACGAGGAAGUGCAACGCGUGGUGUGUUCGCUUGAGCGCAAUCUAAAACUGCUCGGACUCACAGGCGUGGAGGACAAACUGCAGGAGAAUGUGAACCAAUCACUUGAGAAUCUGCGCAAUGCCGGCGUUAAAAUUUGGAUGCUUACAGGUGACAAGGUCGAGACUGCCAUUUCAAUCAGCAUUUCAUCACGGCUGUUCCUGAAGCGUAAUCGCUACGAGGUGCUGCAGGUCACAUCACGCGAGGAUGCAUGGCAGCAGCUGAGCAUGGUGAAAGAGAAAAUGAUCAACUACGUGAUCAUCGACGGGCGCAGCCUGCAGAUUAUGAUCGACAAUUUUAUGAGCGAAUUCAUAAAAUUUGCUGCCACGCUCGAUGCGGUCGUGUGCUGUCGAUGCACGCCCACACAGAAGGCACUCGUUGCGCGCAACCUGCGCAUGCUCACAUCGCAUCGCGUGGCGUGCAUAGGAGACGGUGGUAACGACGUGUCUAUGAUUACCGAGGCAAAUGUAGGCAUCGGCAUUGUGGGCAAGGAGGGCAAUCAGGCAUCACUUGCAGCAGACUUUUCGAUACUUAAGUUCUCGGACGUGACCACGCUGUUCUUCUGGCACGGUAGGAACUGCUAUAAGGGCACUGCCAAGCUCAUCCAAUUCAUCAUCCACCGCGGAACGAUCAUCUCAGUGAUGCAGGGCAUCUUCUCAGCCGUGUUUUUGUUCUCGCCCAUUGCGUUGUACCAAGGGUUCAUCAUGGUGGGCUACGUGUGCAUAUACACAAUGUGCCCGAUGUGGUGUAUAAUCCUUGACAGGGACGUGAGCAAGGAAAACUGCUUCAAAUAUCCCGAGCUGUACAAGGAGAUGGUGCACACGAAGCUUCUGUCCGCGAGCUCGUUCGCCAGCUGGAACCUGAUCAGUUUUUAUCAGGGCUCGGUGAUAAUGAUCGCUACUUUCUUCAUGUUCAAGCACGAACUGCUCUCAAUCGUAAGUAUUACGUUCAGUUGUCUGGUGCUCAACGAGCUGCUGGUUGUUCUUCUGAUGGUGUCGUCGAUCAACCGAUGGAUGAUCCUUUCACAGGUUGUUUCUUUGAUUGCUUAUGUGCUAAGUUUCGUGUUCCUGAGAAGUGAGCUGCGCUUGCCGUCUGACUUUAAGUAUUUUAUUGGAUCGGUAGCACUUAUCAGUUUAAUUGCGAUUGCUUUUUCUGUUGCUGAAAGACUCUACCUCAAGUAUCUUAGGCCGCCGUCUUACAGUAAAAUACAGAACGCCAAUCUUGGAUCGCUUACGGGCAAGUAAUUUGAUAAAUAAAUUCACUUUUUCGCAUA